UAGUACAAUAUCCACUAUCCGAUUAUAUAGUUAAAUAAAAUUAAUAGUUAAAAUUACAGGAAUUUAUUUAAAAUUUAGUAUUUACUAUUAAAGAUUUGAAUAUAUUCAAGGGAUUUGAAUUUAUGGAUGCAUAGUGUAUUCAGACAAUUAAGAGAGAUGGAAAGGAUUCCCGAACAAAUGGGUUAUUUGAUCAUGACAAUGGAUGGGGCUGUGAUUUCCUCUGGUGGUGAUUUAGAAAAUAAUGAAAAAAUUGCAGACAUCAUAUCAAAAACAAUUAGCACAAGUAAAAGCUUAUACGUGCCUGAUGAACAAUUCCAGAACAUGUCAAUUUUAUAUCAACACUAUCAUUAUUCUGUAUGUGUGUCAAAUAAGAAAAUCCAUGUUUCCAAAAUUAGACAUGAUCCCAAUACUUUAGAAAAUGAUGAAGUCAAAGUGAUUACCGAAGGUUCUUGAUUAGCUAAACUAAUUAACUUUUAUAUUCUUGAGUGUAAGAUAAAGAUGUUAAGGUUAUAUAAUUGUACUAUAAUUUGAUUUAAAAUGUUUUAAAUUAAUAUUUAUAGAUUGGUUAAUAAUUUUAAUGCUAUUGUUCACAUCAUUAUUAUAUCAGAUUAGGUUAACCAUUAAUGAUACACUUUAUCCAUAAAUUGUCUUGAAAAUAUCUUCAUUAAAC